UCUGAUGUGACCCACGCAAUGCUGUUGCUCCACAAGGGGGGGCUGCUGGAUAUAUGCUUUAGUGCCCAACUGCCUGCCUUCAAACAGUGAAUCCAGUUUGUGUGGACAGAGCGGGCGAGGAGAGGAAGACUCCCACUGCCUCGACACGCACCGAGAGACCACCCGACCCGAGCCUGGGCUACGCUCACUGCACACCUCCCUGGAGCCUUCACACACCACUUCAGGACUUUUUAUCCGGAAAACGGGACAACCAUUACGACUUGCGGGCUGGAUUAAAUAAUAAACAUUUGGGAAACAGAGUAACAUUAUCAGAAGUGACAGAACAGAAACACACAUUAACAGGAUCCGCUGUGAAUUUAUGGAUGCUUGUUGCUUUUUUUCGGUCCUAUGAGCACCUCUCUUCCACUGGAGCAAACAGACCUUCUUUUGUGUCAUUGUUCAAGCAGAUAUUGCCUGUUGAAAGAAUAAAUACACCGAACUUAUUCUGAACAAGUUGGAGGAAUAGUCGAAGGCUUUUUAUGUGCAGACAAACAGAUGGGACAUGCCAACUUUUUCGAGAUCUCUCUGAGGGCAUCUGGCAUCAUGGACAGCAAACUGGAUCAAUGAGCCAGAGUUCCCUCUCAUCCUGAGCUGUCAGUUCAGACGGUUCUGCAAACAUCUGAGAAUAUCGUCUUGUCAACAAAACGAGGCUGUUGAUCCUACAUUAACAAGAAGAGGUUCCCAGUAAGAGAUAUCUUCAGCCUCGCACUUUUCUGCACACCGUUCUGCCGUUUACAGCCAUGAUAUCAAAAUUCUUACGGAAUUGUUCAUCGUUGGUCCUGCUUUUCCCUCUUCUCCAACUGCUGCGGCUGGACAUGCUCAACGCUGCCCCCUCUGGUCCGGAGUCUGACACCUGCUCCACACUGGUCCAGAGCCGCUUCUUUGGAUUCUUCCUCUCAUCCUCGGUAUUUCCCAGCACGCCCUGCUCCUGGACCCUGCAGAACCCCGACCCAAGGCGCUACACCAUCUUCAUCAAGGUCACAAAACCAACCAGAGACUGCAUUCCCCGACAGCACCGGACCUUCCAGUUUGACUCCUUCUUGGAGACGACACGAACCUUCCUCGGGAUGGAGAGCUUCGAUGAGGUGGUGAAGCUGUGUGAUGCCUCUACCCAUGUUGCCUUCCUGGAAGCUGGGAAACAAUUCCUGCAGAUCCGGAAAGGGCUGCCCAGAGCGGGAGCCGGGCCCAGGAAUGGCGAUGGGGAAUUUAAGGUGGAGUAUCUUGUGGUUGGGAAGCGUAACCCCAGCAUGGCUGCCUGUCAAAUGCUGUGCCAAUGGUUGGAGGACUGCCUGACCUACAGUACCUCCAGCCGGCCCUGUGGCAUCAUGCAGACACCAUGCCAAUGUUGGGACCAGCCCCCACCGGACAAAGAAACCAGUGGAUGCUACCGGGACGGAGUCUACUUGGAGAACUGCAUCCCUGUUGUGAAAGAAGGAACAGCUGACACUGACACUAGCGGUGGCUGGAGUGGGUGGGGCAACUGGGCGGAGUGCAGCAGUGAAUGUGGAGGCGGAGUCCAGACACGUACACGCACCUGUCAAUCACCACCUGAGGAGGCGUACUUGUGCGAGGGUGUUCUGGAAGAAGGUCGUCCCUGCAACGCUCAGCCAUGCAUCGGCUACAGGCAGUAUUCCUCUAAAGGCAAGGGUUUAAGUCCAGUGAAAUACAAAGGAAUGCAAGAAGCCAUGCUUGGAAGAGGCCGACUUGGCACUCGUAGCCAAUCCCUGCGCUCGGUGGACAGCCGUAAACCAGAGGACUCUGAUAAGACCCGCAGCGGACAGCAGUCAUCCCAAACAGUGGAUCCUCCGUCGGGUGGGGAGUGGUCUGCGUGGAGCGCGUGUUCGACCACAUGCGGUGAGGGCUGGCAGAGCCGCACACGCUUAUGUGUCUCCGUGCCGUACAGCACGCAGUGCAGCGGGCCGCUGCGUGAACAGAGACCCUGCAAUAACACUGUUGUAUGUCCAGCCGCUCUGAUUACAGUACACGGGUCGUGGGAUGAGUGGACUCCAUGGAGUUUGUGUUCUUCAACGUGCGGCCGUGGGUACAGAGACCGUACCCGUUCCUGCAAGCAGCCACAAUUUGGAGGAAACCCCUGCGAUGGUCCGGAAAAACAGACCAAAUUCUGCAACAUUGCUGUAUGCCCAGUGGAUGGCGUGUGGAAUGAGUGGUCCAGCUGGAGUUCCUGUUCCUCGUCCUGUUCAAAUGGAACAAUGCAGCGCACUCGGGAGUGUAAUGGGCCCUCGUAUGGGGGCCUGGAGUGUCAGGGCGAGUGGCGUCAGACAAGAGACUGCUUCCUCCGAGAGUGUCCUGUGGAUGGCCAAUGGCAGCUCUGGAGCUCUUGGGCUGGUUGUACCAAAACAUGUGGUGGAGGAAGCCAGCAAAGACAGAGGGUGUGUUACGGUCCAUUUUUUGGGGGGGAGCCAUGCCCAGGGGACAGAGAGGAAGUUAGACGUUGCAAUGAGAAGAGAUGUCCAGAGCCGCAUGAAAUCUGUGACGAGGAGAAUUUCUCUAACGUAGUGUGGAAGAAAACUCCUGCAGGAGACACUGCAGCUGUCCGCUGCCCUCCGAAUGCUGUAGGACUAAUUAUUCGGCGAUGUUCGUUGGAUGAUGAGGGCAUUGCAUACUGGGAGAGCCCAACAUACUUGAAAUGCGUCUCAAAUGACUACCGAAGUAUCCAAACACUGACCAGAGAUCACCUGUCCAAGGCUCAACGAGGGCUUGUGGGAGAUGGGGUCUCUGAAGUCAUGACCAAGCUGAGGGUGACGUCAAGUGAUGGAACAAGCUACAGUGGAGACCUUCUGGCUAUCAUAGAUGUACUGAAAAACAUGACGGAGAUAUUUAGGAGGUCCUACUACAGCCCCAGUAAUGCAGACAUGAGGAAUUUUGUGCAGUCAGUGAGUAACUUACUGAUGGAAGAAAACAGGGACAGGUGGGAGGAAGCACAACUGCUGGGCCCCAACGUUAAGGAGCUUUUUCGUCUAGUGGAGGACUUUUUGGACGUCAUCAGUCUCCGCAUGAAGGACUUCCAGGAUACUUAUGAGGUCACCGACAAUCUGGUGUUGAGUAUUCACAAGCGGCCUGUCGCAGGAAAUGCAGAUAUCACUUUCCCCAUGAAGGGGUGGAGAGGGAUGGUGGACUGGGCUUGCAACUCUGAGGACAAAGUCAGAGUGGCUAAAGACAUCCUGGUCACUGGAAAACCAGAUGAAGAUGACACCUCAGCAUUUGUAACUGGCAUUGUACUGUACAGAAACUUGGGCAGUAUUCUCUCUCUACAGAGAAAUAGCACAGUGCUGAACUCCAAGGUGAUCUCUGUGACAAUCAAACCCAUUCCCAGCUCCCUCUCAACUCCACUAGAGAUUGAGUUCUCACACCUUUACAAUGGUACCACAAACCAAACCUGCAUUUCCUGGGAUGAAAAUGACAGCUCUUCGUUGCUGGGCUCCUGGUCUGCGCGAGGCUGUAGAGCCGUGUCCGUCGACUCCAGCACAACCAAAUGCUUGUGUGACAGACUCUCCACCUUCGCCAUUUUAGCACGCCUCAAUCCCGAUGUGAACAUGGAUAAGACCCAGCUUCCAUCUGUGACUCUGAUCGUGGGCUGCGGGGUCUCGUCCCUCACCCUGCUCCUCCUCAUCAUCAUCUAUGUGUCUGUUUGGAGGUACAUCCGCUCAGAACGCUCUGUCAUCCUCAUCAACUUUUGUCUGUCCAUCAUCUCCUCCAAUGCACUCAUACUCAUCGGACAAACUCAGACACGGAACAAGGUUGUUUGUACUCUUGUGGCUGCAUUUCUGCAUUUCUUCUUCCUGUCCUCUUUCUGUUGGGUUCUCACGGAGGCAUGGCAGUCUUACAUGGCCGUGACUGGCCGUCUUAAAAACUGCAUCAUACGCAAACGUUUCCUCUGCCUUGGUUGGGGUUUACCUGCUCUCGUUGUAGCAAUUUCUGUUGGAUUCACCAAGGCAAAGGGAUAUGGCACUGUUAACUAUUGCUGGCUGUCUCUGGAAGGUGGACUGUUGUACGCAUUUGUGGGACCAGCUGCUGCUGUCGUCUUGGUUAACAUGGUUAUCGGGAUUCUGGUUUUUAACAAACUGGUGUCUAAAGAUGGCAUAACUGAUAUGAAACUCAAGGAGAGGGCCGGUCAGAUGACAGUGCCACUGUACAAUAUGACGCUCAAAUGUGCCAAGUGCGGAGUUAUCUCGUCGGCUGACGUUUCCACCACAGCUACCAGUAACGCCAUGGCGUCGCUGUGGAGCUCCUGCGUUGUACUGCCACUGCUGGCUCUCACUUGGAUGUCGGCGGUCCUGGCCAUUACUGACCGCCGUUCAGCCUUGUUUCAGAUCCUUUUUGCCGUCUUUGACUCCCUCGAGGGCUUCGUUAUCGUGAUGGUGCAUUGCAUCCUACGCAGAGAGGUACAAGAGGCAGUAAAGUGUCGUGUUGUUGACCAUCAAGAAGAUGGAAACGGUAACUCUGGUGGAUCUUUCCAGAACGGCCAUGCUCAGCUGAUGACCGACUUUGAAAAGGAUGUGGACAUGGCUUGCCGAUCAGGCACCCUAAAGCGUUCCUCCCAACUAGGUGAGGAGAAGGUAGCUUCACAGCAGAUCACGGUACAGAAAGGCUCCAACUUCAACACCCUUCCUGCCAGCAUGGCAAAGGUCCACCUGCAAAACGUUGCUGACUACGCCAGCCACACUCUCACCAUGCGUCGCGAAAAAAGCGCCAUUGCCGGGGUCAGUACAGAGCUACCCGGAGCCAAAUCUAUUUACAUCUGUGAUGGCGAGCUCUUCAAGCAACUGGAUGGAACCCCGGGAGACAGCAGCGGUCCCGAAGGAGGAGGAGGAGGGUCGGGCCAGGGUUACGUGCUCUUGCCCAACAACAACAACACCCUUAGGCCCACAAAGGGCAGCAAGGAGGACCAAGCCACAAAGUACAACAUCAGCAUCGAACAGUUACCCCAGACCAGGCUCAUCCAUCUGGCCAACCCUGCUGGCACCGAUCCUGUGCCAGGCUUUGGGUUGAAGACCCUGCCCACCGAGCGAGUCAGCAUUUCCUGCUCAGAGAGGGACUCCCCUGUGCAGACAGUGCAGAACAUCUCCGGCGAAUCCCAGAUGACAAACACAUGUGAGCAAGGGGACUCUGGGAACUCUGGCAUGAUGUCUAAGAGUGAGACCAUCUCAACACUGUCUAUGAGCUCUUUGGAGAGACGAAAAUCACGCUAUGCAGAGCUGGAUUUUGAGAAGAUCAUGCAUACACGGAAGCGCCACCAGGACAUGUUCCAGGACUUAAACAGGAAACUGCAGCAUGCAGAGAAGGACAGGGAUUCACCCCCAGUGGACGGGAAGACUGGGAAGAGAUGGAGCGUGUCAUCAGGAGGCAGCGAUAAAACCAAUCUUAGUGACAAGCAGCAGACCCCCAGUAAGCGGGCAUGGGAGGGCAUCAGGAAGACCCACUCGCCACCAUCAUGGGUGCGUAAGGAGCUGGAACCUCUACAGGCCUCUCCUCUUGAGAUGCAAGCGGUGGAGUGGGAGAAGGCCAGCGCCACCAUCCCUCUGGUGGGCCAAGAGAUCAUGGACCUGCAGACGGAGGUCUGAGAGACCCCCAGAGCAUUCAGAGAAACAGAACAAACUUUACUCGCAGGGAAAAGGGACAAAGAGAGGGAAUGAGAUUGGAGUGAGAGUGCGGACAAACAAAAGUAUGCAAGAAAGAGAGUGAAAGCAACAUGGCUGUGCAAUUUUUAUUUGUGUUGUAGUUGUUGUUGUUUUUUGUAAUCCUGGAAUGGCCUUUUCCUUAAUGUCAAAGCGAAUCAUAACACUUUCGAAAAUCCAGGUCUGAGCCUGUUGCUAUGGUAAUGAGCUGGCACUACCAAGAACAGCUGAACUGGGCAAGUUGAGUGCUGACCUGGGAUGUUGCCAUGGGAACAUUGGGAGUGACUGACUGAAGGGAAGGACUGGAAUUCAGACUAAGAGCAGAUGAGCCUUAGUGAGUGGCCUUCAAUUUCUUACACACCUGGAUACACACACACACAUAUUUGUGAUCAUGUCCCAUUUAUGGAAGAGUGAGAAGUAGCUCUACGACAGAAAGCUUUCAAACUGUCCGGCAGGAAUCGGGUGAGCUACACGUCAUUCAAAAUCCAAUUCUUGAAUAUUAUUAGUCUUACCAUCAUCGUUAUUGAUCAGUGUGACACACAACAUGCAUACGCUUGGGGCACUAGAGGCGACGUGAUUGCCCAAAGCCAUUUGACUGUUAACCUGUCUCAAACGCCCUUCUGAGACAGUACAGCCCACAGCUUAGCCACUGUGCUGUCCCGUGCACCGCACCGACCUGCGGAUCCUUCAAGAGUCAGUCAACAACGUGAGAUUCAGCUUGAAAGCGGGUCGGCAGUCCAGUUGGAGGGAUCAUGUGAACCCACACGUUUGCAUUCGCUUGAUGUUUCCAUCAGAAUCACUGGAGCUGAGAGACCUGAAACAAACUGCUGAGUCUCAGAAUAAGUGCAGAAUCAUGUUUGAAAGAGAAAACGGAGAUGAAUAUGAAUAUAUAAAUAUAUAUAUAUAUAUUAUAAAUAGUCUUAUAUAUGAAACUGCAGAGGGGUGUUAUUCUCUGGUUAGGUUGUGGUCGCACACAGAGAAAGCACAAGACUCACUCCUCAGAGUCCUGUUGUACAGCAUUGUAAUUAUUUCCAGAAGAGUUCUACAAAAUGAAUUUUAGCCUAUAAAUAUCUUUCUUACUGUGCUUGGGGAAUAUUGUUAUCCUUAUUAUAUAUAUCAUUGCGAUUCUGAGAUCCCCCCUCCAAAUCUCAUCGGGUUACUGGACUAUAUCAGUGUUCUGUAACAUCAUGUAACGGUGUGUCUUUCGGUAUCACUGACUGUCAUUCCAGAUGAUACGUACUUGCCUGAAUUCCCCACCAUCAACCCCCUGCCCUACUCCUCCUCCUCUUCCUCUCCCUGCUUUUCCACACAUCUUUUUUUAAGUUCACUGGGGUUUCUUUGUUAUUGUACAGUUUUCAGAGCAC